AUAAAAAUGAAAACAUUCGAUGAAUUCCACGCUUUCAUUUCUAUUUUGGUACUUAGAAAGGUAAUCAAUACCUCAUUUCUCCAGCAUGGAAUGUUUAAGUACUGUUUACGACUGGAAGUAUAGUCUAUUUCUCGUUGUUUCACUCAGCUUUAUUGCAGAUGUGAGCUGUCUGAAAUGCCACCAAUGCUUUUGGAGCGAGAUUACAGACGAUUUCAAGAUCCAGGAUAGAUUGAAGAAAUUGGAAGAUCGGAAGUAUCCCGUUGCCGAACCUUUCAUCGGCAUGAAAAUACAACGUCCACCAAACAAAACCGAAGUCAUGAGCAAUUGCCCUGUGGUGACUUGCAAAUACGAGUCAGACAGUUGUCUCAAGUGGAGUUUUGUCUCUAAUAGUAAGUUGGCUUUAAAAACAAUCUCAGUUCAGCCUACUUCUAAUUUAACAGAAUAUAUUGUGGACGACAUCCCGACUAUCCAAGAAAUUUAA